CAUCAGCAGCAUUCAAGACGAAAAAAGUGAAGCUCGCCAUGGAGGGAGUCCUUUGGAAAUGGACAAAUUAUUGGACAGGCUGGCAACCACGCUGGUUUGUGCUGGACGGUGGGAUCUUGGUUUACUACAAGUCUCAAGAGGAAGUGAAUCAAGGAUGCAAGGGUUCACUUAAAAUUAGUGCUUGUGAAAUAUCAGUGAGUCAAACAGAUCCGUUUCGACUUGACGUUACUGUUCCAGGAGAGCAGCAUUUUUACCUGAGGGCUUCCACAUCACAAGAAAGACAAGCAUGGCUUGUGGCAUUAGGUAGUGCCAAAGCUUGUGAGAGAAUCACUAAAGAUGCCACUAUUGAACCAGUGUGCAUCCCAGUCUGUGAAGAAAAAAAUAAUUUAAAGUCAAAGCGAAGUGAAUUGAGACUCUACUGUGAUUUAUUAAUGCAGCAAGUUCAUUCAGUAAAACAUGCAGCUACACAAGCACCACCUGAUAUUGAGAAAUUAGACGAAUCCACACAUUUGCUGACAGCCACUUGCGACACCUUCAUUUCCACACUGGAAGAAUGUUUGCGGCUUGCCAAGGCGGAGUUUACCUACCAAUUGCCCCAUACGCAUCCUUCGGUCGACAAGCCAAACAAUGGCUACAGUUAUGACCCACCCCAUUCUCCCGCACCCAUAUCGCCAUCCGGUAGGAAAACUUCACGUUCUAAGUAGAAGCUUUUUGGUGAAAAAGAGAAAACAAACUUUAGAUAGGAAAGAAAUCUCUCGCAGCCUUGAAUUCGUUUGCCAACUAUUUUACCAUUCCAAACGUUGAGAACAAUGGCGAAAACAAAAACAAACACAAAAAACUUAAAAAAAAAAAAAGAGAAACUUUAUAAUAAUAACUCUUCCUCUCUAGUCAUCGAAUAUGGCAUCUUUAUUCGGCCAAUUUACCCCUUUUUUUACAUAAAAUUACAUUUUAAAAAUACUCUUAAAGGAUAAAUAGAACUUUGAACUUUGA